UUAACGUAUUCACUUACCUCAGCUACAUCCACUCUAUUAUAUUACAUGAUCAGUAAAGGACAUGUUCUGAAACUACAACAAUAAUGAUUUUAUUGGAACAUCAUCUUCCUUUAGUCAAAACAACUACAAUAUAUAUCUUAUUUGGAUCCAAAGGAAAUAUACUACUUGGAUUUGUGCAUAAAUAGAGGAGUACCUGUUUGGAUUCUGCAUCAGAAACUUUCCAUGGCAGCAAACACCACCGCAGCUACUUUAGCCCUCAGCGGCCGCGUAGCAAUAGUAACUGGAGCUUCUCGCGGGAUCGGCCGCGCAAUCGCAAUCCACCUCCGUUCCCUCGGCGCGAAGCUCGUCAUCAACUACGCUUCCAGCUCAAGCCAAGCCGAUCUUUUGGCCUCUGAGCUCAACUCUAAAGCCGCUGACAGAAGUGAUACUUCUCCAGUGGCCAUAGCAGUCAAAGCCGACGUAUCGACUCCAGACGACGUCAAAUUGCUGUUCGAUCGAGCAGAACAGGAAUUCAAUACUCCGGCUCACAUCCUGGUCAACUGCGCCGGGGUUUUAGAUCCGAAGUACCCAACCCUCGCAAAUACGACGGUGGAGGAGUGGGAAACGACAUUUAAUGUGAACACGAAGGGUGCGUUUUUGACAUGCCGUGAGGCGGCGAAUCGGCUGGCGCGCGGAGGCGGCGGGAGAAUAGUACUGAUAUCGACUUCAAUAGUGGGGGCGUCGCUGCCGGGAUACGGUGCGUACGCGGCGUCGAAAGCGGCGGUGGAGACAAUGACGAAGAUAGCGGCGAAGGAGUUGAAGGGGAGUGGAAUAACGGUAAAUUGUGUGGCGCCGGGGCCGGUGGCGACGGAGCUAUUCUUCGCGGGGAAAAGUGAAGAAAUGGUGCAGAGAUUGGUGGAGGCGUGUCCACUGGGCCGAUUGGCUGAGCCCAAUGAUGUGGCCCAGAUAAUUGGGUUUUUGGUUAGUGAUAGUGGGGAGUGGGUUAAUGGGCAGGUCAUUCGAGUCAAUGGUGGAUUUAUUGUUUAAACUUUUAAAAAACACCAUUUUAUUUUAUUUUUCUGUUUUUCCGAUUCUUCUGGGUUUGUGUGUAUUGUAUUUGUAUCUCCACUGCUGAAAUAAGUGAGUGAUUAUGAGUAUGAGUCCAAUUAUGCAUUUGUGUUUGUAAUUUA